AUGGCAGCUGAUUCUGGCCUCCUCACCAUCCUCAUCCUCCUCGACCUGAGUGCAGCCUUUGAUACCAUCUGUCACACCACCCUCCUCAACAGGCUAUCUUCCAUUGACAUCAACCACACUCCGUUAGACUGGUUCACAUCUUACCUCUCUGGACGCACUCAGUUCAUUCAACUCAAGUCUUUUAAAUCCAUUCCCUCCUCCGUCACUUCAGGUGUGCCCCAUGGCUCUGUCCUGGGGCCCCUACUCUUCAUCAUUUAUCUCCUUCCCCUCUGCAAUAUCUUCCGCAAAUUUAACAUUCACUUCCACUGUUGUGCUGAUGACACCCAGCUCUACCUCUUCACCAAACCCUCGUCCACUCUUCCGCCCACCUCCCUUACUGAUUGCGUCUCUGAAAUAAAAACCUGGUUCACCCAAAACUUCCUCAAAUUAAACAGUAAUAUAACCAAGGUUCUCCUCAUUGGCACCAAAUCCACUUUAUCUGAAAUCAACAGUUUUUCUCUCACUAUUGAUAACUCCUCCGUUUCACCCUCCCCCAAGGUUAAGAGUCUGGGUGUCAUCCUUGACAGCACACUAUCCUUUCAACCCCACAUCAAUAACAUUACCCGGUCUGCCUACUUCCACCUACGAAAUAUCAAUCGCCUCCAUCCCUCCCUUACCCCCCACACUGCCGCCAUCCUUGUCCACAGUCUCGUCACUUCCUGUCUGGAUUACUGCAACUCUCUCCUCUUCGGCCUCCCUCACAAAUCCCUCCAUAAACUUCAACUGCUGAACAUGAGACACUAUGUACCUCACGCCUGUUUCACCCUGAAUAUGGACAGAAUGAGCUUUAAGGAUGCCUAUCAGAAUUGUGACCACAAUGGAGGUUAUCUGAUGACAGUCAGAGACAAAGAAGAAGAGGAUGUGCUGCGCUCGCUUCUCUCACAGAUCCAAAGACAACGUCAGGACAGGGUGUUUAAAUUUUGGAUUGGAUUAAAACUGCACAGAGGGGACUGUGUGUUGGCUGACAAGACUCUCAGGGGGUUUAGGUGGGUAUCUGGGGAGGAAUAUUCCAACUACUCCAACUGGGAAAAAGAACCUGUCACCACUUGCACUGAGGAGAGAUGUGUAAAAGUUCAUUAUACUAUAUCAGGUCAGAACCAACUGAAAUGGACUGCUGGAUCUUGCAAAAGCCCUGCAUUUUAUGCAUGUAAGUUUUAUUUUAAGGGAAUGUGUAAACCUUUGGCUCUAUUGGGGCCUGGACAAAUCACCUACACAGCGCCCUUCUCAGAAGAGCCACAAAGAAGUGAAAUGCAAUCAUUUCCGCUCGCAACAUAUGCUGUUAUUUUAUGUAGUGACCAACAGUCUCAAUAUGCUGUGUGCAAGGGGAUGGACGACAUCUAUCGUUGGACUGAACCUGGUCCGUUUUGCAAAACAGGGAAGCAAAAUUGCACGAUAAACAAUGGCGGAUGUGAACAUUUGUGCCACCAGGAUGCAGAUGAGGUUCAAUGCUCAUGCAAAAAAGGUUACGACCUGGAUGAGGAUGGACUCAGUUGCAGGAUAAAAGACUUGUGCGGCGUUGACACCUGUGAGCAUCAGUGCGUAAUGAGGGAGUCUGGGUAUUUCUGCAAAUGUCCAGAUGGGUUCAAACUAGAUGCAAACCAGCGUAGUUGCUCUGAUAUUGAUGAGUGCCAGUCACAAGCCUGUGUGCAUCAUUUGUGCAUAAAUACGCAUGGCAGUUACACAUGUGCAUGUGAAGGCGGCUACGAAAUGGUUGAUGGUGAAUGCAGGGAUAUGGAUGAGUGCACGCAAACAAGAUGUGAGCACAGCUGCUUGAACAGCUUGGGAUCCUUCUCUUGUUCCUGCGAUGAGGGCUUCACUUUAUCCAAGGAUGGGUACUCGUGCGUAGAUAUUAAUGAAUGCGUCAGUAAUCUCUGUCAGUUCAAAUGUGUCAAUACUGUAGGCAGCUUCUUGUGCACCUGCCCGCAAGGCUUCCACAUGGAGACAGAUGGAGCGACCUGCGCUCCAGAUAUGACAGAAACAUCAGCUGCUUCAUCAGACGUCACAGAGUCUUUAACCAGAACCACAGUUGAGCUCCAACACCAGUCCCCUCACACUGACGCACCGCUUCCAGACCUGGUGAACGUUACGCACAAUGAUCAGCAGAGAAACGUUUCUUUGGUGACAGGUUUUGCCAAGACAGUGAAUUCCAAGGUGAUCAUCUGCAUCCUUGGUUCAGUCAUUCCUCUGCUGCUUUUAGUCGCGUUGACUCUGUCUAUUGCAAUUUUUCGAUGCAGUCGCUCCAAAAAAGAAGCCAAGAAAAAUACCAGUACAGAUGGCUACUGUUGGGUGUCUUCUGGUUUGGAUCCACGUUUAGAGAAACUAUAUGAGUCCAUCCUGACUGAUGACCUAUGACCUGAUAGUGGUGGAGAAGACUGUCUACAUGGAUUAUCAUGCUUAUUUAUGUAAUUUAUGUUUUGCAGCCUCUCUAGGUUAGGCUGUGUUGUUGUGAAAUAUUACAUAUCAAAUCAAAUAAAAACUAGAAUAAAUAUGCUGAUUUUGGCAAGAAGAAGCGAAGUGUAAAUAUCUGUAUGUGUAGAUGUAAGGGGAUCUGUAUAAUGAGGAUGACUGGGUAUCGAGAACUGAUAGUUUGGACUGGGUGCCAGAUGAUUUCAGAAAGAAAAAAGAAAUAUUAACAAUGAUUUAUCUGUACCAGCAUGUAUUUGUUUAAAGUGAGCAUUUUUAUGUUAAGAUCAGUCAGCUAAUUUUGUAAUUUGUCUUGCCUGGCCACAUGGUCUGCUAUUUUAUCAAUAUACUGUAUAUGUCUUAUAUUUUGUCUUAUAUGUGUCUUUACUGCAUCAUUAAGAUGAUAUCAAAAGAUUACAAAUUAUGUUGACCUUUCAGUACCAAAAUGGCAGUCAUGGAAGAAGUAUUCAGAUUGUUUACUCAGACAUGCAAUUUUUCAUUUUACUUGCUGAAUGGAGUUUGCACAUCUGAUGCUGGUGUAAAUAUGUAAUGAUAAACACAUGUACAUCAGAGUAUUGAAUCAAUAUACUGUAUGCUAUAUGAUGAUUAAGUCAUGUUAUGAGACAAAAUAAAUAGUUUAAAAUAUGAA